AUGGCUCGCGAAGGCCAGGUCAAGGACGCUAUGGACAGACUCGUCAAACAUCUCGGGACGCUCGAAUCCGCUCUACAAGGUAUCUUGACGGGUGUGGAGGACAGCGAACACCGUCUCAGUCUACAAGAUUCUGCAGAAGAAGUUCUCGGGGCCCUCCAGAAGUAUGUUCAUGUUGGUAUUUGGCUUUGUCAGGGACAAACAAAGUCAACUGCGAAGACCACAUCCGCCUCCCAGCGGGGGCAGCGGCAAGCUGCCAACGAGACGCUUUCAUCUUCCGAGGCGCUCUGGCUCAGCCUCAUAGACGCGGCUGUCCAUACUACUCGACAGCUGUCGGCGACCAUCGAUGCAGUCGGAAAAGCGCAAGAUGAUGGGGACCGCGAUCUUGAAAGCUGGGAGCGUCUCGAUACAGACAAACUGCUGGGGCUUCUGCGGUCUCUGGUCCAACACACGUUCACCGCUCUCCUGACGACGACGUCCAGCGCUUCCAAUGCCCAGGCCAACGGACGGGUCCUCACCACCGCCGGCAACAACAUGUCAUUCUUACGGAUAUUGCGAGAGUUUCUUGCUCACGCCGCGGCCUCGUCACCAAAUCUAGCGGAUCUGAGGGCGGUUCUGGCCUCGAUUUUCUCAGCUUAUGCAUACGAGGAGUCGAUUCUUCGAUUAUCGAACCGACUUCUCGAGCGAAGCCUGUUCGUCAAUGUCAAGCAGUCGGUACAGUUGAGACAGCGAGGCUGGCGACCGAAGGGCUCCACAUGCGAGGCGUGCGGCCGGCGCGUCUGGGGACCAGGUGUAUCAGGUAACGUAUUUGAAGCUUGGGAGGAUAAGCAGGCUGCUGAAGAGCAGAAACAGGCCGAGAGAAAGGCUCUGCUCGCAAGCAUCACGGACAGGACUAAAGGCAAGGGGGCGGCAGAGCAUUCUGGACUGCCUCCGCAUGAAGCGCGGGGUAAGGGCAAGAUCGGUCCAGGCAAUGGCGCAGAGCUGGCCCAGGAUGCCGCAGGAAACAAAUCAGAGGAUGGUUCUCAUGACGGCGACGACGCUGCGGACCUCGCUGCAAACAGCAUGCGCGAACAGCCUCUGGGGCCAUUGGUUGUUUUGGCGUGUAGGCACAUUUAUCACCAAGCAUGCCUGGAUGCUUUGCAGUCUCAAGAGGAAGAGUGCGGCAAGAAGGAUAGGACGAGCCUUGAGGCAAGCCAUUCUAGAGAGUACAGAUGCCCGGUUGAUGGGUAG